AUUUCCAAUUUUCAAGGAUCUCUCCCUUCCCUUUCCCUUUCCCCCAUACUUUCUCUUUCUCUUCCAUUUUGUUUUCACUUCUAAUAAUCACACCACCCACCAACCAUGGCGAACGCGGCGUCUGGAAUGGCUGUGGAUGACGAAUGUAAGUUGAAGUUCUUGGACCUAAAAACAAAGAGAAACUACCGAUUCAUUAUUUUCAAGAUUGAAGAGCAACAAGUGAUUGUUGAGAAGGUCGGAAGCCCUGACGAGAGCUACGAGGAUUUCACAAACUCUCUUCCUAAUAACGAAUGCCGUUAUGCUGUCUUUGACUUUGACUUUAUCACCGAUGAGAAUUGCCAAAAAAGCAAGAUCUUCUUCAUUGCUUGGUCACCAGAUACAUCAAAGGUGAGAUCGAAGAUGGUGUACGCAAGCUCUAAAGACAGAUUCAAGCGAGAAUUGGAUGGGAUCCAAGUCGAGUUGCAAGCCACAGACCCUAGUGAGAUGAGCAUCGAUAUUGUAAAAGCACGAGCAAUCUAAUCACAUUUCUUUCUACGAGAAAUUAAGCUUCAUCCGAUGAGCUUCCAUUACCUCGUUCGUCUGCUACAUUCGCAUGAACGUUAUUACUAUCUUGUC